CUCAAGACCAGUGUCGCGUUCGCGGUGGAGCAGUAUAUCAGUCGUUCCCGUAUAGUACACGCGGUUGUCACGCGACUAACGACUGACGAUAAACGCGCGCACAUACACGCGUACACGUUCGCGAAGGAUCAUAAUCGAACUCGACCUCUCCGUCGAUCGACAGUUCGUGACCGCUUUGCGAUCGAUUUGAAACGUAUACGUACGUAGAACAGUCGCCCGUUGUCUCUUGCAUCGUUCCUUUGCUCUCGGCGAUUCCGGUGUUGGCACAGUGUUUAUUCGGUAUUCAUAAAAAUGAGCAAAAGACUGCAGACCACCGCGAAACGCGAAUUAAACGAGAAAUCGAUCACGUGCGAAUCGAAAGAGCUUCCUUUGAGGAAGGAGCAAAUCUCGAAGGCGUCUACUGAUAGCGAAAAGAAAUUUCGUUCUGUGGAGAAAUUAACAAGCGUGGAUGAAACAGAUUGCAUUAACGUUGCGCCUGAAAUCUCUACUUCCAACAAGGCUGCAGAGACUCCUGAAGCUUCAGAAACACCCAAGACUACAUCCACCUCCGACAAAUCUACUUUGGAUUUCGAAGUUAAGUGCCUAAUGCCCUUGAUUGGAGUCCAUACAGGCAUACAUUUGACUACGUCCGAAGAAUCCACCUCGAACAAAUCCCCGGCUGUUGAGGAAAUAAUACCCACGAUUACAUCCGAAAUGCCAUCUACUCCCGACAAAUCUGACGCUCCUAAAGUUCUAGAACAACCGGAAGUACGUGCAAUGUCAAAAGCUUCCACCCCUGACGAAUAUCCGGUUUUCGAAGCCAAGGGAAUGCCCAAGAUUAUGUCCGAAAUGUCCACCUCCGACAAACCUGACGCUCCUAAGGUUCUAGAACAACCAGAAAUACAUCCAUCGUCCAAGACUAUGUCGAAAACUUCCACCUCCGAACCUUCGGCUGACGAAGCUAAGAAAAUGUGCCUAACCCGCGAGACUACAUCCGAAAUAUCCACUUCCAAGCUUGAGGCUGAUAAAAAACUUCUGGAACAUCCAAUGACCUUUGCCAAGCCUUUGUCUGCGGGCAAUACUUCGCACAUAUCCACCCUCGAUAAAAUUGAGUCUCAAAAAGUUCCCGAACAAUUAUUUCCCAGCGUUAUUACGUCCGAAAUGUCCUCCACCACUGAACUUGAGACUCCUAAAAUUCCAAAAGCCGCAGAAGUGUGCCAAACGCCUAAGACUAUGUCCGAAACCUCCAUCUUCAGCAAAACCGAGGUUCCUCAGACUCGGGAAGUUCUCGAGGACCUCGCACGUCCCGCCAGCUUCUCAAACCCCAAGCCCCAGACAAUCCCAGACAAAACCGAGUUUCCUCGGAUUCGGUAUGUUUUCGGGCGUUCCGACAGCUUCCCAAACCGCGAACUCCAGACAACCCCAGGCAAAACCGAAGAACCUGAAAUUCCAGAAGAACACCGAACACGCAGUGUUGAAUUCCAAAUCUCCGCUCCCGUCGAAUCCGACGAUCGUCCUGAAGUCGCAGUAGCAGGCGAAACACGCAGCACUACAUCUGAAAUGUUCACCGCUGGUAAAUCUGAGAAUAAAACAGGCUCCAUGAAAAAUCUUUACGACAAUUCAAAAGUUCUUUCUGAGAAGCUUAAAAAAUGUUCUCUCAAAGAGAAUACGAAAUCAACUGACGCUGCAGAAGAGUCAGACGAGAUUAAACUGAUCAAAUGUUCUGGACGUCCUAAAAAAAUCUACUCGCUCACGUCAUGGCCGAACUUCGAGGAAUCUCCUUUGGUCCUGGCAACACAUCACCUGGUACCUUCACUGCCGCUCGAGAUCUUCGAGAUAUUCGCAGAAAUAAUCGAAUUUUGUACAGGCAAGCCGGUGAUUUUGGUACACGAAAGCUGCAACAAAAGGGGCCGACCUGUCGCAUCGCAAAUCGUUGAUAUAGCUAUCCUGCCACCGGACGAAACUUGGAUAGACGGCGAGCUAUUACCAGCCAGCUUCAUAUUCGAGCAUCCUUUAAACAAGGACAACUCGACCAACGUGUACGUCGAUAUAUUCAUCACAAAAGAUCACGCUCUACAGUUUAAAGAUAUCUUAGAUCUACGAGGACGAAAUUGCGCCUUUCAGGACAAACGAGGCCGAUUCACCCCCGCUGGAAACCUCUUCGACCAUUUAAGAUUGAAAGGCGAAAACUUAUUAUUUUUUGGCAAUACACAUGAAACUAGAUCGCAGAUCGACGUACUGAAAAUGAUCAUCAGCAACCAGAUAGAUGUAGGAGUUCUGGAAUCACCGGUGAUCAAAUGCCAAAUGAAUAGACUACCCAAUAUGGAUUCCUUGCACAUCCUCACGAGCAUCGGACCUUUGCCACCUUACCGCAUCAUGAUAAAAAAAUCGCUAGCGCGUAGUAUGUCCGAGAAGCUCUCAAUCUAUAUGCAACACAUACAUAAGUACAGUGUAUGGUCGGAGAAACUGAAGCCCUUCGGUAUCACAGGUUUUGGACCUAACUCGAAAGAUAACUACACCGUGGAUGUAAAAAUUAGAGAGCAAAUAUUCGGUAACUUGCCGUACUAUUGAAAUCGUUUUACAUUA